UCAUCAUUCUUUAUAAUCAAUGCAUUUUCAUUAAUUUGUGGAUGAUAUGUUUCGAGUGAUCGGUACGUUAUGACUGAAAGUUCAAAAUAUAGACAAGUUGAUUCACAAAUUUAUCAAUACCUCUGUAGACUAGAUUUGAUACAUAAAUUAAUAAUCUAUAUUCAUACAUACAGUGCAAGGUAUAUCAAACUAGAUUCAACACAUAACUCAUUAAACUAGGUGACUCAAUGAACCUCCAGCCCAUGAUGCAACAGUCAGUAUCCGCUGCCAUAGUCAUCGUUUCCAACUGUCAUGAGCAUUGCUGUUCUUGUCACCAUUAGCUGUCGUCGUGGGGUUUUCAUUUUGUUUUUUUCUCUCGUCUUUGGGUUUUACUUUCUUUGUUGUCUUGCCGUCACCUUCUUCCAUUGUUCUUGCAUUGUGUUUGCAGUUGCAGUUAGUCAGUGUCGUCAUCCUUGUCGCCAUCUGCUGUCGUUGUGUUUUUCGAUGUUUUUUGGGUUUUCCUCUCCCUUAUCUGUUUACUUCCCUUGUUGCCAGAUGUUCUUCUAUGCCAUCCUUCACUGUCUCCAAAUUCAUUUUUACUGAAGGCUGUCAACCAGAAAAAGGCCUACCAUUAUUUGUAUCUGCUUUCUCAUCAGGGCAACUUUUAUGGCUGAUUUCUGCUGAAUCAGUAUUUGCUAGGGAAGAAAUCAAAACGAAUGCAGUUUACGAGAUCGGGGAGUUAUUUGAAUUAGGAAUACAGUUAUCUUAUCUAUUAAUACUAUUAGGUCUUCUUGGGGUUGGAACCUUCUUCGUGAUACGUCAAGUUCUUGUUCGUAGAGAACUCGACCUUUCUGCUAAAGAACUGCAAGAACAAGUGAGAAGUGGUGAUGCCAGUGCUAUGGAGUAUUUUGAACUUGGUGCAGUGAUGCUGAGGAGGAAGUUUUAUCCCGCUGCCACGAAGUUUUUGCUUCAGGCAAUUGAUAAGUGGGACGGGGAUGAUCAAGAUCUUGCGCAGGUUUACAACGCGCUCGGGGUUAGUUAUGUGCGUGACGAUAAGCUGGACAAGGGAAUUACCCAGUUUGAAACUGCUGUAAAGCUUCAACCUGGGUAUGUUACAGCUUGGAACAAUCUUGGAGAUGCAUAUGAGAAAAAGAAAGAAUACACGUCUGCUCUGAAAGCUUUCGAAGAAGUUCUUCUAUUCGACCCGAACAACAAACUUGCUCGGCCAAGACGAGAUGCGUUGAAGGACCGUGUGGAGAUGUACAAAGGAGUUCCUGUGAAAUCUAAGAACAAAUGAUGAUCAUGUCCCUGGUUUUCUGCCGAUUUUGUUGAAAAUGAGAAUUUACAUUCAUUAAUGUAUUAGAUUAUAUUAGAGUUAUGAAUCCUACGUUGCUGUGUAUGGUAACUAAAAAAGUAUAUAUAAUUGAAUGAGUAGCUUUGUUUUCUAAAA